CUCUUGGCCGUGCUAUCAAGCGGUUGGCUUUGUGUACGUUUAUUAUUUCGACAGAAUAUAUUUCAACAUUUGAAGCCCAUUUGACUAGACAUAUUGAUAGUUAUUGACAACAAUGGAGACCGUGUAAUAAGCACAAUAUUUCAAAAUGGAAUAGUUUUUCGUUGAAAAGAAAAGUUUUAUCAAACACCCGAUGCACAGUUGGAAAAUUGAGUGUUGAAUAGUAUCUAUAGUGAGUGGUUUUUUUUUGUUCUGUAUAAAUUUAAAAUCGAGGAAUUGAAAGUGUAAAUCAGGGAAAUGAAAAUAAAAGAAAAGCGCAAACAUCAUGGAAUAGAAAGGACUACAUUUUAAAAAAUUAGAAUAAAAAAGAGUAAUGAAUAUUUCAGUAUAGAUUCCGUUGUUGAAUGUUUAGUGAAACGGUAAAAAUGUGUGAUAAUGUGCAACGUUUAAAAUGCGCGUUUGCCAUCCAUGUGCAACAGUGAACAGCACUGAACUGAACUUGUACAACUGCAUUUUUGUAUUAUCUGCAAAACUGAUACCGACCAGAUAGAUUCGUUAGAUGCACCGCUGUUACUGCAACUACUGCCGAUGCUGGAUGCUGUGUAGUACCGCAACUCUUUCACUCGUGUAUUUGUGCAUUGAAGAAUAAGUGAAUGGGUGCAUCGUAACGUGAACACAACAAUUCGAUUCUCUCUACAAGUGCGAAUUUUAUAUGUGUGACGAGGCUAGAAAAGAGCAAACAUUCACAAACCAUUCAUUUUAUUGACAGAUCUUUAGGCGAAACUAGUGCAAAUCGUUUAACUGUGAAAAAUAUAUAUAAAAAAAACGCGCGUGUGUGUGCGAGCGUGUGACAUUCGAAAUCUUUAAGAUAUAAUAGAAUUGUAGCACUUAAAUUUGUUAAAAUUGCGAACCAUAAAGUGAAAAACGGAACGGUUUUUUGUGAUUUGACAUACGAACUCACGAAAAUCGACGGACAGGUAUAUGCACCAAGUGGUCUUAAGCCGCCAAUGCAACGUUGCCCAUACAUUCAUGAGAUGCGAGAACGUUUUAUCAACGAUACGCCGAGUCAAGUGUACAUUAUGAACCGAUUGGAACGUGAACGGGAUCGUGCUGAGCGCGAAAAUUUGCUCGGCAAUCCAAAACAAUCAUCUGCCAUAAGCGAUGCGAGUAGUAAUCAGGUCGGGACGGUGGUCAAGAUCCAUAAUGAUGGUUACCAUACGAGUCCAGCGCAUAUGAAUCUACGCACGCCGCUAGUACCUCGUGAUUUGGGGGAGGAUUUUAGUAUAGGAUAUGAUGACGAACAGCCAACAAUUCCAUUAGAUCCAAAACUACCGAAGAAUGCAAAAUUUAGCACAUGUGAAAACGGAUUGUUUGUACAACCAUACAAAAGAACUUCAUUAUUCAUUAUCACCAGUUUAGUGUAUGCCAUGCUACUUAUUGUAGUAUGCGUUGCAUAUGUUAUUAGUGAUGUAAGCACACAUCGAUUGCCGAUCGUUUACUAUGAAGGAUAUUUUACAUAUUUGUAUGGGGCUAGUAUUUUGUUCCUGCUAUAUGUCUUUUGCUUUUUAUUGCAAGAAAGCAGUUGCUGCAACGGAGGUUCAACGCCAAAACCACCAAAGCCGGUUAAGGAAAAGAAGGAGAAACCGAAAAAGGAAAAGAAACCAAAGAAAGAAAAAGGCGCACCAGCUGAAGGAACCGCCGCCGAAGCUAAGGAUAAAGAUCCGAAAUCAAGUGGAAAAGAAAAGGAUAAAGAAGCUGCCAAAGCUAAACCCGCUCCACUUCAGGAAGGAGUGCCACGAAAGCAACGUGAUAUUGUGCGACAGAGGUCGCAAUCAUUACAUUCCAUUCAGGAAGCACCAGUCGAAUCUGUUGAAGUUGUGGCCACUCCCAAAAAUGUUCGUAAACGUAAAACCACUCAUGCCGAUCCAAGCUAUGGAAGUUUCUUUUUGCGUGUCGGAGCUAUUGCAUUUGGUUUGGGUACUAUGAUUUAUGUUGGAUUGGAACUUGGAUCAUUCUUUGAAAUCCCAUUUGAUUCACCAUGUCAUCAAAUUUUGCGCGGUGUAAAUCCAUUGUUACAAAUGAUUUUCACAUUUAUGCAAAUGUACUUUAUCUUCAUGAAUGCACGAUUGAAUAUUCAUCGUUUCAAAGUUUUGGCACGUUUCGGUUUGAUGCACAUUUGUGCAACCAAUAUUUGCGUUUGGAUUCGCACUUUGGUAUUGGAAUCAUUGAAAGAAAUCACCGUUUACUAUCAAGGACGUCAAGCCAUUUCAGAUGAAGGUGUUUUACUCGACUCGAUUCGUACGCAUACACUAAAACAUGCUGGCACCGUUUUGGGAACACACUCAGGUCCAAAUUUGGAACCAGCAUGGGAACCGAUUGAUUUGCGUGUUCGCGACGAUUCGAAUGAGAAUCUUUUGACAAAGGCAUUGAACGCAACUGGUCGUGCUGCUUCAAAGGCGGUAUCACGCUCUGCAUCAUAUUUGGCUGCUGAUGUAUCAACCACUCAGGAAACCCCACUUACAUCAAGCGAAAAUCUUGAAUCGACCACUUUGUUUAAUAAAGUGAAAAAAAUCCUCAGCACAGCUGCUUCGUCGACAAUCAGCUCGACUAUUGCAAGUACAACAUCAACCACAUCGUCAACAUCAACAACAACAACAACAACGACAACCACAACAACAACUCCGGCUCCAAGUUCAACACUUUCACAACUAACCGAAUCGUCAUCACUUGCAUCAUCUACUGUUCAAGCGAUUGUAACUGAUGCGGUCACAUCAACAGCAAAUGCUCCAGCAUCUGUAUUCAAUAAUCCAUUGGGCGCAAUGGAAAAUGCAUUCCAAACAUUGUCAGGAUUGUCACAUAAUGAAACUGAAGUAGAGAGUUUGGAUUCGUUAAUUCCACAAGCAUUGAUUGGUGCAUCGGCUUCAUCAGGCACAAACUUAAGUUGCGGUCGUGUCAAUAUCAUGGGAACUAUUGUUCAGGAUUCAGCUCCAUACUUGUAUCCAUUCAUUGUUGAAUACUCAUUGAUUGGUGCUGUCGUUAUUUAUGUGAUGUGGAAACAUAUUGGCCGGUAUGCAAAAGGCAAUGAAGAAGAUUUGGAACAUCGUUUGGAAGUGAUGUUGUCACGUCGUGCUGUUGCAAUGGCUCAACGAUCCCGCUCCGGUCGAGUUGAUUGUGUUGGAGCAUCAAAAGGACUCUUCUUCGGAUUAUUGGCACUUGUCGCUUCACUUAUUUGCUUGAUUCUUUUCUUCGUUUUGGUCGUGAAACCGCCAUUUAAUCGCUUGGCUAUUUUCCUUGCUGAUUGUUCGCACGGCGGUAUUUUGGCACUUUCAAUUUUGGCUAUUCUCAUUGGUUUCUGUCGUGUUUCGAAGUUGAAGUUCCGCUGUGAAGAAACUGGCAAUCUCAAUGAUAUUCUCUUACGUAUUUCGGCAUUUGGAGUGUUCAUCUAUUCGGCAUUCAGCAUUAUUGCUGGCGCAUUGAAAAUAAUGGAGAGUGAAGCAAAUCUUUUGGUCACUGUUACCAGCUCAGUUGUUGUUCUUCAAGUCGUACUGCAAUUGCUUUUCAUUGCUGACGUCUCAAGACGUCGUGUACAUUUACCCGAACAUGAUCGCACCAAACCUGGCCGACAAGUUGUCACUUUCCUCCUUAUCGCCAACGUCGCAAUGUUCGCCAUUUAUACAUUCGAAGCACAAAAAGUUGUCAACAAUCCGGUAAGUAGUUCCAUUCAAACUGAAAUUAAUAUUCAGUUUCCAUCGAUUGAAUUCACUUAUAAAUUGGUAAAUUUUCAGGUUCAACUUGAUUUCUAUGGAUACAUUGGAUGGGCAUUGAUUCAGCGAGUCACAUUGCCAUUGUGCAUAUUCCAUCGAUUCCACAGCGCUGUUACACUAGCCGAAAUAUGGAAGACAACCUACAAAGCACGCUUAGAGUAAAUUCAACACUGCCAUCAUCUCUGUCUCUACUAACCGAAUUUAAAAGAACCAUUCAACAAAAUGUUUGAAAUGCUUAAAGCACAUACACACAUACACCAAACAAAGCAUUUGUGGGAUAUUAGAAAGAUCAACAAUUUUCUCUAGAUAUGCUUCGAACGAUAAGUUGCAUAAAUUUAGGCAUUUAUUUAAAAGAAAUGUAUG